UUUCGAUCAGGCUUGUUGUUUAUUAAUUAUAAACAAUAUUUCGAGAGGUUUUUUUUAUGACAACUUUUACGUUUUUGUACUAAAAUUUAAGUCUCAGAAAAUGUCUAUUUUCGUUAGUUUAUCGAAUCCCCGCAGUAGAUUUGAACAAAUGUGUGGAAAGGACAUUAGACGGAUACUACUCUGCAUGACAUACUAAAAUUGAGUCCCGGGUGCUGCGGUACCACUAUACUAACUAAUCAGAGAGCCACACCACUCUGGGCAAAUACAGUAGAAUCUGACAGACACCUUGUGCUAAGUGACAGCUAUGGCAACUCAGGAGCGUGAGAAAGCAGCCAAAAGGAGAUUGAAUGGCUUUCUAGCAGAUGCACUUGAAGUUGGUUGUGUCAAGGGAUUUAAGUAUUUCAAGAUGUAUAUGCGAGGUAGAGAAGAGCUGAUAUGUUGCAUCAAAAACGAACUCACAAUAAAUGUUUCAAGUUGCUCACCUUUGAAUAGCAAAUUCACAUUCAACAGUUCAGGAGGUUUCACAUCAGACCAUUUGCCAAUUAACCAACAAGAACUGAUGCUUUCGCAGAACACCCAACAAAAAUUAAGUGGUUAUGGAUUUAUGGAUAUUGGUCUGCCACCAGCUUCUCCAAGUGACAAUGAGACUGGUCCAGAGGAUAGUAAGUCAACCAUGUUCCUGAUAGCAGGUUAUUCUCGUUACUCCUGCCCAUAUGUUUGGGUUCGAAGUAACCAUGAAAGACUUGUCAAAAGAAGUGAUGACCAUGGCCCUACAACACGCUACUCAAAAGAUAGCCCUCUCAAACUCAAAUCAACAUCGGCUUGGCAAGAAAAAGAUAUCAAGGUGUGGGACAUUAUAGCAGAGUUGGUUAAACUGUGCACACUUCCCUCUCCUAGAAAUCCAUUUGCCUUGGACAUGGAGUAUUUUGAUGCUUUACCUCUACAAGAGAGAAUCAUAGCACUGGGUGCAAUGUCACACUUUAUGCAGAAUGUUCUCAAUAAUGGACCAGACAAAUCCUAUAGUGGACUUGUGUCUGAUGACCUGAGAGAAAUUACCAAGCGCCAUUUCACAGACUUUCAAAUGUUUCUGCAAUGAUGGAGAGACAAGCUGUGCAACUAGCCAUGAAAUGUUUGUAUUAUUGACAUUCAAAGUGAAGCUUUUAUAAGAUUGAGGCAAUGAAAGUCAUGGAUUGUUAUUAUUAUAAUUUUUGUAGUAACGCAACCAAAGAUCAACAGUGGAAUGUAUACAUUCCAUUCCAACAAGUUUGGGACUUCAUUAAGUGCCUCAUGGCAACACAUUAAGGUCCACUCAUGCUAUUUCAUAGGAUUUCAAGUGAUCAGGUAUAAUAAAUAAAAGUCACAAAAAGUGCCCGUGACCUCAGCCUCCUUGUAGCGCUUUGCGAUUUGAAGGGGUCUAUUCGGUAUGAAGUUUAAGCAAUAAUGUUAAAUGUUCCUAGAUCCAAAAGGAAAGCUGGGGACGUUGCCGCACCACGCUUGUGGAACGCGCUGCCAGCGAAUCUGAGAGGGGCUGCGUCGUUGGCUGUGUUUAAACGCCUCCUCAAGACAUUUUUAUUUCCAGAACCAUCCUAGUUUGCUCCUUGCGAGAUAAUAAUGGAAGAAAAAAC